CUGGCUUGCUGCCUUCUCUGUUUUCUGUGUCCUAGGCAGCUGCAUUGUUUGUUGCAGUAUAUGCAUUAGCUGUUGUCAGUGUUCAGUUUCCUGCAGACUGACAAAGUGGGAGGGGCUUUGUUUGAUACAUAGCUGAGUUUUCACUGUGUGAGUUCUUGAGUGCACAUUGCAGCCAUCUUAAUUACACUUUAGUGCAACUGAGACAGUGCAGCUGUCUCAAAAUGGCUGCUGACCUGGUCUUUGUAGCUGCUUAGGCAGCAACUAUGCCAGUGAGGAGACUUGGCACAUGCAUCAGGACCAGAGAAUAGUUUUGUGAAUGGCAUCUCAGUUCCAGAUGACGUAUUAAAAUGAUCCUUAGAAAUGUAUUGUUCCAGUAGUACAGCCAUGGAGACUUGUUUGCAGAUUCAAAAUGGAUAGUAUAGAAGAACCUCAGAAAAAAGUCUUUAAGGCUCGAAAAACAAUGAGAGUGAGUGAUCGUCAGCAACUUGAAGCAGUGUACAAGGUCAAAGAAGAACUGUUGAAAGCUGAUGUUAAGCUGUUAAAUGGCAACCAUGAAAAUGGAGAUUUGGACCCAACCUCACCUUUGGAAAAUAUGGAUUAUAUUAAUGACAAAGAAGAGGUGAAUGGCAUUGAAGAGCUUUGUUUUGACCCUGAAAAAAGUAAAUCAGAAUGGAAAGAAACGUCCUGUACCUUAAAUGUUAAUGUAAAAAACAAGCAGGAUGAUGAUUUAAAGCAUGAACCUUUGUCUACUAAUAAUAUAGCUCCUGAACUAGUUUGUAAACUGACUGCUGAACCAGCUUCUGAUGAGCCAGCCUCUGUUGAUCUGGCUAUGGGAGAUCCAGAGUCUGGAGAUUCAACCCCUGAAGAUCUGGCUUCUGAAGUAUUAACCUUUGGUGAUCCCACCUCUAGUGAUCUUGCCUCUGGUGAUCCCACCUCUGGCGAUCCCACCUCUGGUGAUAUCACCUCUGGUGAAAUAGUCUCUGGUGAAACAGUUUCCAGUGAGCCAUUCUCUGGUGAAUUGGUGUCUGGUGAAUCAGUCCCUGAUGAAUCAGUCUCUGGUGAACCGAUCUCCAGUGAUCCAGCCUCUGGUGAUUCAGCCUCUGGUGAUCUGUCCUCUGGAGCAUUGGCCUCUGAUGAUCCACCCUCUGGUGAUCUGGCUUCUGGUGACCUAGCCUCUGGUGAUCCAACCUCUGGUGAUCUGGCCUCUGAUGAACCCACUUCUGAUGAACUGACCUCUGAUCCCACCUUUGAGCCAGCUUCUGUACCAGUUUGUGAACCUGUUCCUGAAACUGACAGUACAGAGCUUAGUAGCAAUAAAGGUGAUGAUUUUCUUGAAAAAAAUGGGGAUGAUGAAAAGUUAGACCAAAUUUUCUCAUUGGAUGAGAAAAAUAAAGCUGAUAGUAAUAUUGAUGCUGAUGAAGAAACCCUAGAAACAGAUGAUACAGUUAUUUGUUCAGAUCUACCUCCUGAAAAUGAAAAGAAGGUAAAGGAAGAUGCUGUCACAGAACCUGCUCUUAGAGAGGAGGCUAUCUCCAGCAGUAUGGAAAUUGACCAAAGUGAAAAGAAUGAAGAUGAAAAUUCUGCAGACCUUGUAGAAACCAUUAGUGAAAAUAUUAUAAAAGAUGACAAAAAUGAAAUUAUCUUAGAAAAUACAGAUUCUAUGGAGACAGAUGAAAUUAUUCCUAUUUUGGAAAAGCUUGCACCCGCUGAAGAUGAACUUACUUGCUUUUCUAAAACUUCUCUCCUUCCAAUUGAUGAGACAAAUCCAGAUUUGGAAGAGAAGAUGGAAGGUUCUUUUGGUUCACCAUCUAAACAAGAAAGCAGUGAGAGUUUGCCAAAAGAAGCCUUUUUGGUCCUCUCUGAUGAAGAGGAUCUUUCUGGUGAAAAAGAUGAGUCUGAAGUUAUAUCACAAAAUGAAACAUGCUCUCCAGCAGAAGUAGAAACUAAUGAAAAGGACAGCAAACCUGAGGAAGAAGAGCAAGUAAUAAAUGAAGAUGAAAGACCUUCUGAGAAAAGUGAAUUUUCUAGAAGAAAACGUUCUAAAUCAGAGGACAUGGACAAUGUACAGUCUAAGCGUCGUCGAUACAUGGAAGAAGAAUAUGAAGCAGAAUUUCAAGUGAAGAUUACAGCUAAAGGAGAUAUUAAUCAGAAGCUACAAAAGGUUGUACAGUGGUUGCUGGAAGAAAAAUUGUGUGCGCUACAGUGUGCUGUAUUUGAUAAGACUUUGGCGGAAUUAAAAACACGAGUUGAAAAGAUUGAAUGUAACAAGAGGCAUAAAACAGUUAUUACUGAACUACAGGCCAAGAUAGCCAGGUUAACCAAACGCUUUGGAGCAGCCAAAGAAGAUCUUAAGAAAAGACAAGAAAAUCCACCAAACCCACCAGUAUCACCAGGAAAGUCUGUAGUUGACAUCAACAGCAAUAAUAACAAUGUGCCGUACAGAAAUGCAGGCACAGUGAGACAGAUGCUGGAGUCCAAAAGGAAUGUAAGUGAGAGUGCACCACCAUCCUUUCCAACCCCUGUGAAUACAGUUUCUUCAACCAGUCUUGUCACUCCUCCAACUGUUGUCAGUAGUCAACCUAAAUUGCAGACUCCAGUGACUUCUGGUUCUUUGACAGCAACAUCAGUUCUUCCUGCACCCAACACAGCUACAGUAGUUGCUACUACUCAGGUGCCUAGUGGAAAUCCCCAACCUACAAUCUCUUUACAACCUUUACCAGUGAUUUUGCACGUACCUGUUGCGGUAUCCUCCCAGCCUCAACUCCUACAGAGUCAUCCAGGGACUUUAGUGACUAAUCAACCAUCUGGCAACGUUGAGUUCAUUUCUGUACAAAGCCCACCUACAGUGAGUGGUCUUACCAAAAAUCCGGUAUCCUUGCCAGCCUUGCCAAACCCCACUAAACCAAACAAUGUUCCUUCCGUGGCCAGUCCCAGUAUUCAAAGGAACUCUCCUGCCAGUGCUGCACCAUUAGGGACAACGCUUGCUGUACAGGCUGUUCCAACAGCACACUCUAUUGUACAAGCCACAAGGACUUCUUUACCUACAGUAGGCCCAUCAGGACUCUAUAGUCCAUCAAAUAAUCGAGGUCCCAUACAGAUGAAAAUUCCAAUUUCUGCUUUUAGUACUUCAUCUCCUGCAGAACAGAGCACUACUACCCCAAGAAUUGAAAACCAGACAAACAAAACAAUAGAUGCUUCCGUUAAUAAGAAAGCAGCUGAUAGCACAUCACAGAGUGGAAAAGCCACAGGCAGUGAUUCGGGUGGUGUCAUUGAUCUCACAAUGGAUGAUGAAGAGAGUGGAGCUUCACAAGAACCUAAAAAGCUAAACCAUACUCCUGUGUCAACCAUGGGUUCUUCUCAACCUGUGUCUCGACCAUUGCAACCCAUCCAGCCAGCACCACCUCUUCAGCCAUCUGGGGUGCCAACAAGUGGACCAUCUCAGACAACCAUACAUUUACUACCUACAGCUCCAACCACCGUGAAUGUAACACAUCGUCCAGUAACUCAGGUGACCACAAGACUCCCUGUACCAAGAGCUCCUGCAAACCACCAAGUAGUUUAUACAACUCUCCCAGCACCACCAGCUCAGGCUCCCCUACGAGGAACGGUUAUGCAGGCUCCUGCUGUUCGGCAGGUCAAUCCCCAAAAUAGUGUCACAGUUCGAGUGCCUCAAGCAACUACAUAUGUUGUAAAUAAUGGACUAGCCCUGGGAUCAACAGGACCUCAGCUCACAGUGCAUCACCGACCACCACAAGUGCAUACUGAGCCCCCACGCCCUGUGCACCCAGCCCCCUUACCAGAAGCCCCACAGCCACAGCGUCUGCCCCCAGAAGCUGCCAGCACAUCUCUGCCUCAGAAGCCACACUUGAAGUUAGCACGAGUUCAGAGUCAAAAUGGCAUUGUACUAUCAUGGAGUGUCCUGGAGGUAGAUCGAAGCUGUGCCACUGUUGACAGCUACCAUCUCUAUGCUUACCAUGAGGAACCCAGUGCCACUGUGCCCUCACAGUGGAAAAAGAUUGGAGAAGUAAAGGCACUUCCCUUGCCCAUGGCAUGCACUCUCACCCAGUUUGUAUCUGGCAGCAAAUACUACUUUGCAGUACGAGCCAAGGAUAUUUAUGGACGUUUUGGACCUUUCUGUGAUCCUCAGUCAACAGAUGUGAUCUCUUCUUCCCAGAGCAGUUAAACCUUGGAGCCUUUAUCUCUUCCUCUUUCCAAGUUCCACUUUUUGGUCUUGUUUUAAUCUUGUGCAUGAUAUUCAUUGUAAAAUCCACAUUGUGCAAGAUUUCUUCGACAGAUGUGUAUAUACACUACAUUUGUUUAUAAUCAGAAGUAAAAUAAACAGCCCAUGAAGCAAGA